AUGGAUGGCUUGAAGGAUGGCGAGGCAAAAGAAGAUGAUGAGUCGGAGGAUAACGAGGAGGGGGGUGCGCCGCUAUAUGCGGACACGGAUGCUGGUGAAGAGAAUGACGAUGAGGAUGCUAAGGAAGAUAUGGAUUUACAGGAGGAAACGGAGGAAGAGGUCGCUGACAGCAACAACGGAAACGAGAACCCAUCCGAGCCCAAACCAAAGAAGCAUAUCAUGAGGGCCACUCCCAACCGCGUGGCGGCCUGGGCGCUCCUCGCGGCGGUGCAGAUUGUGCCGUUUGAUUUCAGCCACUGCACGCGGCUGACCAUCGCGACCGACUCAGAGCACGCCAUCGAGAUGGCCACGAACCGGUUGCAAAACAUGCUCGAGCGCGGGCUGCCGUUCCGCAUGGCGCGCGGCCAGCCGGUUGAGGACGAAGAUAUCCGGUGGCAAUUUGCGGGAACCGUCAAGGACCUGGCGUACCAAGGCGUUGAGAUGGCCAUCAUGCGGUGUCGCGAGGGGGAGGGCAUUCGGUUGCCGCUGGGUGACGGGGACGGGUAUGUGUUUGGGAAGCAUGCUGCGAUGGCGCUUUGGCGGCGGGAUAAGGAGGCGAGGGAGCAUCAUAAGCCAAGGGGAGAUCUGGAGUUUGUGAGGUGGAUGAACUUGUAUGCGUGA